AUGUCGACUAAGAUCAUCGGCAACUUCUACAGCUGCAUUGUUGAGAGCAUCUUGACCAGCUCCAUCACCAUGUGGAAAAAAAAUGCUGAUCCAGAGCCAAAAGCUGAUCAGAGGAUUCCUUAUGAAGUCUUCUCCUAUUUUAGCCUACAGGUGCGCUUCUCAAGUCAGCUUUCUGAUGGAGAACUCUGUGCAGUAGACGCCCGAAAGACACGGGUCGCUCAAGCCCUGGAACAACUACUGGGAAGAAAUGUCUCCAAAAGUGAGGUGCCCACUAUUGCUGUACUGGGCUCUGGAGGGAGUCUCCGUGCCAUGAUAAGCUUUCUGGGCUCGAUGUCAGGAUUCCUCGAGGCGGGAUUGCUGGACUGUGUGACGUACCUCUGCGGAGUGUCAGGAUCCACCUGGGCAAUGAGUUCAUUGAAUGAAAAUGUGGAAUGGUCCAAUGAUUUUGCUGCCACAAAUGAUGAAAUAUGCAGUAACCUUGUGAAUGCGAAUUUUGAUUUUGAUGAUCUCAUCAAUAUCCUCAAGAGGGAAGAGUAUCUCCUGAAAAGGCUGGAGGCAGCUGCUUACAAGGAAGACUACUCGGUCACAGACCUCUGGGGAACGGUGGUUAGCAGAAUUCUUGGAAAGGAAUACAAUCAAAAACUUUCAAAGCAGCAAGACGGCGUCAUGAAUGGGCAGAACCCCUACCCAGUGUACGCCGCCAUCAAUAAGGAGUACUUUGACUGUGACAAAAAGAAUAAACACCCAGAGAUCUGGUUUGAAUUCACACCGCACGAAUGCGGGUUUCCAAGUUAUGGAGCGUUUGUUGAAACUCAACUGUUUGGAAGCAAAUUUGUGGGGUUGGAAAUAACGGAAUAUCACCCCGAACCAAGUUUGUAUUUCUUACAAGCUUUGUGGGGCAGUGCCAUGGCAGACCUGAAAGCCUUAGAGGAAUACUUCAUCGCUGCAGAUAAGAAAUGGGCAGAGGAAUGUGAUCGGCCUUCAGAUGAGGAAGAACAUCAUAGGGCCGUUCCAGGUACUAAAUUUCUCCAUAUGGCAGCUAAAUCAGCUGAAGUCAUCACAAGCUGGAAAUUUGGAACAAAAUUCAAUUACCUUUACCAGUGUAAACAGUUCAGCAAACCAGAGAAGAAAAAUAUUUUUGGCUUCCUAGGUGACACUGCUAAAAAAGACCCAAAACAAGUUGGACAUCAUGCUUUUGUUUCUCUGGUGGAUGCUGGUCUGGAAAUAAACUGUGCCUACCCACUGAUGCUGCGCGCAGAACGCAAAGUGGAUGUCAUCAUUUCUGUGGACUUCAGUGCAGGCGACAUAUUUGAGACCCUGGUCGAAGCCAAACAAUACGCAAAAGUCAAUUGUCUGCCUUUCCCUCCUGUGAAAAUCAAUAACAAGGUGCCAAAUGACUGCAAUGUGUACAGUGACCCGGCAACUCUGACGGUUAUUCAUAUCCCACUGGCAAAUUCAGUAAAUGCAAAUGAAAUGGACAUAUCUGAAUUUCCCACCGAGAAACUGAAAUACAACAAAACAGAAAUUGCCAAGCUGUUCAUGGAGGCUAAAAAUAACAUCACCCGGAACAAAACUAAAAUACUGGAGGAAAUCAAGAAGAAGAUGCAUCCUUUAUAAUUUAAAAAUAGAAAAUGGAAAUAAUAACUGUAUGUACAUUCACAUCAAGUCA